CAGCUGGGUAGUGUGCACUAGAUUUAAUUGAUGCGGAAUGGUUUAUCAAUAGACAACACAAGGCGUCGCCCACUCACCUCCACACAAGCGUUCUAUAAUAUAGAAAGGACUUUUAUUUUGACAGGUUGAUAACGUUGCUGUUGCUUACGCACGGUCGGUGGAUUGAGGGUAUGUGGAAAGUAGGAAUGUCGGAGGAGGUUGGAAAAGCGUUACAAGCGGUGGUAGACAGGGUAAAUCAAGCCGCGGCACGUCGACCCAAGACGUUGCCCGCGGUGCCGCCCCGCCUGGUAGCUGUAAGUAAGACGAAACCACCUGACAUGGUGAUCGAGGCGUACCGAAAAGGACAUCGCAACUUUGGUGAAAACUAUGUGAAUGAACUUGUGGAUAAAGCUUCAAAUCCUCAGAUUUUAGAAUCAUGCCCAGAUAUCGAGUGGCAUUUUAUUGGCCAUUUACAGAAGAAUAAUGUCAACAAACUUUUGGGUGUGCCAAACCUGUUCAUGGUGGAGACAGUGGACUCUGUCAAGUUGGCCGACAAGGUGAACAGCUCCUGGCUGCGUUUGAGAACAGCUAGUACGCAGACGUUAAAGAUCAUGGUUCAGAUCAACACCAGUGGGGAGGAAAGUAAACAUGGACUGCCUCCUGGUGAGACUGUGAACACAGUGAAACAUAUUUUAUCCAAAUGCUCUGCCCUACACUUCUCCGGACUCAUGACCAUCGGUCGCUAUGGUUAUGACCUAGCUGAUGGCCCUAACCCGGAUUUUCAGGCUUUGCUGAGUCGGCGACAGGAAGUGUGUGCCAGUCUACAGCUGCCGCUUGAAGAUGUGGAGCUUAGUAUGGGCAUGUCCACUGACUUCGAACACGCGAUUGAGGUGGGUUCAACCAACGUGCGAGUGGGUAGUACUAUUUUUGGUAAUAGGGAUUAUCCCAACACUCCCACUCCCAGUCCAGAGAGAAAGUCAAAGGUUCCUACAGAAGAGGCAGCUAAGAAGAUGGAGCGUCUCACUGUGACAGAACAGUGAUGUUUCUCCUUCCUACACUCACAACAGGCUGAAAAGGAUUUAGUAUUUUAUGAGAUUUUCUGGGGGGGAAAAAACAACAGCAGGUUUCCACAGUAUGUCUUUAUGAUGUCUUUGGUUGAUGUCGUAGUUUUCUACAGAACCCAUUCAUUUAUUUGAGCAUUUUGGGAUGACGUUCAAUCUUUUAAGUUGACAUAAGACAUAGAUUCUCAUUAAUCAAUUGAUGGUAUAGGAUAUAAGAAGUUCCCUACCUCACAUCUUGAUCUUGUGCCAACCCUAGAUUCAACAGAUACCGUUUUACACGAUAACGGAAAUCGAGAUAAUUUGGAGAGUCAAGCAGAGGUCGACUCUCUCGACUACCCCUUAUCAUGACGUAUGGUAUGAGUCAAUUAAAUUGUUUUGUAUGGUGUCAGAUAUUUGACGUUUUUAUAAUUGAUAAACCAAAUUAGAAAACGGCAGGUAAAAAAUGAUUCAUACCAUAUGUUUACAUUGCCAUAUUAUUUCAUUUUGUGUGAUGUCAGUGAUUCUUCUGGUCUGAAUUAUUUGUUGGUGCAGUAAAAAGAUUUAAGAAUGAACCUA